AUGGAGUUUGUUUACCACAAUGUUGAUGAGCUUCGUUCUGGGAAGCAUCAUUGGAGGAUUUUGGUGAAGGUGGUUCGCAUUUGGUACAGUCAAGGUUUUGCCUCAUCGAAGUUGCCCCUUUCUCUUGAGUUGGUGCUGAUGGAUAACAAGGGUUCCAAGAUCCAUGCGACUAUCAAGAAGACCCUGAUGUACAAGUUUGAGAAGUUACUGGUUGAGGGCAAUGUCUACAAUUUGUCCUCUUUCGUUUUGGUGGAUGAAAGCGAGGAUUAUAAACCUACGAGACACAGUUAUAAGAUAUGCUUCAUGUAUAACACAGAAGUGCGGCCCAUGCCCCAGAUUACUAUUGAUGAGUUUCCCUACAGCUUUGUAUCCCUUGCUGACCUUUUGUCCCCUGGAUUUGAUUCGACUUAUCUGAUUGAUGUCAUUGGCAUUUUGACUGGUGUCGGAGUUGAGAGGGAGAUUGUGACUAAUGGAAAGAAAUCUAAGAUGAAUGUCAUUGAGAUUGAGUCUGCCGGGCUUAGGGUUGAGUGUGCCCUAUUUGGAGCCUAUGUUGAUGAAUUGGCAAAUUAUCUUGCCGGUGGUGAACUCAACAACCCGGUUGUCAUUAUUCAGUUUGCCAAAGUGAAAUCAUUCCAGGGGAACAACAGUCUUCAGAACGUUCAUGGUGCUACCAAAAUACUUUUUGACCCUGAUGUUCCUAUGGCAACUGUGUUGAAAUCAAAUUACUUAGAAGCUAAUGCGAGUGCAUCCCAUUCACUAAGCCAGUUGUCUGAUUCGAAAACCGUAUCUGGUGAAGAUGACUUUUUGGUCUUGACUAGCCCUAAGUCCAUUGCUGAACUGAGGGAUAUUAAAAAGGACUGUGUUUGUGUUGUGUAUGGGACCAUCCUCCCUAUGGAAGAAGGUCUGGAAUGGUGGUAUACUGCCUGUAGAUGCAGCCGUAAGGUUUAUGCUGACGAAAAAAUGUUUUUCUGCGAGGGAUGUAAUCGCCAUGUUAUGGCUGUUUACCCAAGGUUUCGUCUUCAAGUUAGGGUGGAAGAUAACUCUGGAUGUGCUAAUUUCAUCCUCUUUGACAAGGAAGCCACAGCACUGCUUGGGAAAACAUGCACUGAGAUGGUCGAGUCCUGUGAUAGGAAUGAAGGUGAUAUUGGGAUGCCUGUUGAAUUCACCCGUGUGUUUGGGAGAGCUGCUCUUUUUAAGAUUGAGGUGAAGAAUUUCCUGGGUCAGAGAUUUGAUAGGUCCAGAUUUGAGACUACGUAUCGUGUUAAGCGCGUCUGCACUGAUGAAUUGAUUAUCGAGCAGUUCAAAAAAUUGCAAUUAGAUCUUACCGUACGUCCUUAUCUCCCUUAUUUUUGUUAUGCUUAUUUACCUAAUGCUGGGGCUGAUCUUAAUGAAUACGGGAUAAAGGUUGGUGCAUCUUCUAGCCGGGAGCUGCUUACCCCUCAAUCCACUCUCAACCCUCAAGUCCAGGGGAAUGAAGAUAUAGGGAAGGAUUUGCUGGAUGAGUUUGUCGUGGUCUCCGGUGACAAGGUUACCGAGGCUGAAUUUUCUGCUGAACUUCCAGUCACUAACCUGGAAGCAAAUACUCAGGAGACCAUAAGUCCAAAGAGGAGUUCCUCCCCUGACAAUGAAGGUGUUCAGGUUCUGUCCAACCGGAAGAAGAAGGUGAUGCCAAAGGCGAAAAAGGAUAAGAUAUGA